CAAAGUUCACAAACGCACCGAGACAGUAGAGUUCGGAGCGUUACUCCCCACCCCCAGCCCGUCAAAUUUUGGCGAUGCGUUAACAGCUGCGCAGUGUUGCCUCCGCGUCGCCUCGCUAUCAUUGGACUGGGUCUACAAAGGUUUUUUUUAGUUGAGAGUGUGUGUGUGUCUCUCUCUCUCUCUCUUCUGUUAAAGCGCCAUUCGAGCGGCGGCUGAAAAAGGGACGUGGAGAACUCGACGGCGAAACACCCCGGAGCCCGCCCGUCUGCCUGCCAUGUCGGUCAGCAACGAUGCACACCUUAGGGUUAAAGUAGAAGAUGAUGCAGAAGCUGUGAUAUUUAAUGGAGCUGAAAUGGUGGACAUACAGAAUGGUUCUUCAUCCCCAUCUAUUGAAGAUCAGUCACAAGUGAACAAUCAGAAAAGAUAUCUAGCUGCUGUUGUUUAUGUACAGCAGCCAGGAGUAGAAGGUGUACCUGGCGACUCCAGUGCGAAUAUCAAUAAGUCAGCAGGAAACCAGCUACAGGAAUGUGUGCCAAACAGAGAAGAGGCAUCAUCUGAAAUCAGAUCGUGUGAGGCUAGACGCACCAGUGGAGAAUACAGCUAUGUUUAUAGGCCAAAGAGGAGGAAAAUCACAGUCUGUAAUGCACCUCAGAUGAGAACAAGAGACACUGGAGAUUAUGCUGACUAUGAAGAGAAUGGUGACUUUGUUUAUGACUACAGUGCUGACUAUGAAUGUGCCAGUGAUAUGUCAGAAAGUUCUUUUGUUACAGAUCAGCAGAGGACUUUAGUGGAAGUUCUUAAUUACUGCCAGGUAAUGUAUGCUGCCAUCCAAAGACUGGAUAAAAAAUUUGAUGUCCUUCAUCGUAGGGUCACAGAAAUGCAUGAGGGAAGAACAAAACCUAUGUUUUUCAAGCCAAGACUUAUGACAUCGCAUGGAAAUUCACACCAGAUGUCGCUCACUAAAAUGAAAAUGCAAAAGCCAGCGGAAAGACAAGUCAGGAUCCGGAUGCCUCCACCUGACCAACGGAUUUGUUCUUCCCCGCUCAGGAUCCGAGUAGAGAAAGAGCCAUUGAACAUCUCAGUUCAAAGCAGUACUGCCCAGUCAUUGACCAAUCCACAGACAACGUACAGCUGCACGCGGGCAACAAGUCCACCUCUGCCCACGAUUCACUCAGUUUUGUCUUUACAAGAACCAUCAAUGCAGGGUUCAGCCACAGCUGUUGGGAUUUCUGACCUUGUUCCUGUAAAAACAAUUGUUAAGCAAGACACAGGGGUACCAAAGCUUUCAGGUGCCAAUGACACAGGUAGGCUGUAUCAAGAUGGAUACAGUUCCAGAGAUACAGAAACAUUUGUUAAUGGCAAUACAACUAAUGGAACUGAGCAGCAAAGCAACUUGUCUGAACAGUUGUCUUGUGCUCCUUCAUCAAGUGCAGCCAAUAUGAAUUUUGACUAUUUAGGUGACCCAAGACGGAAUAUAAAGGUACCUGCAGCCUUCUUGAUAAAGGCGCGUCAAAAGUCCAAGCCAAAGUAUGCAGCACGUUACCUCAUUCGGAUGAUGUUCCCAAGAGAUGUACUAAUGUGUAGUAAUAUGCAAGGUGACAAAGCUCGAGGAAUCAAACCACUGGACUCUAAUCGGGUCAAUGCUUUACGAGAAUUCCUUGGUACACUGUUUCCCACAUUUGAUUUGAAUGAAGAAGGCAAAGACUGGAAGACUUGUGUCACCAGUGUAAAUUCCAUGAUACGCAGCCUACGUUAUGAGACACAAAGAGCAGCGAACAUCACAAGUGAUAAAGCUAAAACUUUGGGAUCUGAAGGAGCACAGGUGUGCAUAAAUCUAUAUUCAGAUAAUGAAGAAUCACUGAUCCCUUCAGAAAGACUUGAGGAGCCCAAAGUUACUACUGAGCCACAGCAACAGGAAUGGAAUCAGCAAGAUGUUACUACUGUACCUGAGAAUGAUAAGCAGAAAGCUUUUGAACUAAAAGAAACACUUGGUAAUCCAGCUCGGCAAGUCCAACUCCCGUACUCUGCUGUGUACGUUGCUAAACAGAGAUUAAGGCCAGAGCUGGCAGCCCGAUGCCUAAUUCGACAUCUUUUCCCUGAGGAGGUGCUGGUCAGAAGCAAUGUAUAUGGAAAUUUAGAUCGGGGUAUAGCUCCUUUAGACUGCAACAAAAUCUGUGCUGUCCGAGAGUUUCUUGAAGAAGCCUAUCCAGUGUUUGACUUGCGUGAAAAUGGACGUGACUGGAAAGCUUGUGUGGCCGCUAUAAAUAGUUCCAUUCGCAGCAUAAGGCAUGACCUCAGGAAGUCUCUGCCAGGCUAUAACAAGAAACAGCAUCCUCAGUACUUGAGUUUAUAUAGCAAGAAACAGCCAGACAAUCAGAGCAACAAAAUGGAUACUCCUCACAGCACUAACCACGAGAAAAAUUCAAAAUGACGCAAACAUCCUCCAACCACCAUCUUAAAAGGGAUACUGAAAAUGAAAAUAAAUGGAGAAAAAUGAAUGUAUUCUUUGAAAGAAUAAGGUCUUAGAAAGCAUACAUAAUUAGCUACAGUAUGUUUAUGCGAAAUCUGACUGAGAACUCCCUGAGUAUGUAAAAUUGUGCUUCAAUAUACUAUAGUUUUAUUCUUGUGUGCUUGUCAAUGUUUGCAUUUUUGCAGUAAUCUAAAGUUUGAAUUGCAGAAUGGUAAAAAUGGGGGAGAAUAAUUUUAGCAGGUAGCAAAAAUAUUCGCACAAAAUGAAUAAUGAAAUUAAACAGAAUAUUUGAGGUAACCUUACUGUGAGUUGCUGCUGAAAUUUACUUACAGGGAGAAGACUGUAUUUUCAGAGUUAUUUUGUAAAACUCACUAUUAUGCUUUGAAUGAAGAUUUUUGAUCUUUGAACUUUGCAUCAAGAACACAGGCUUAUAUAUGUGUUCUUGAUGUACCACAACAAAAGCAUUCCUCUUUCUCCUCUCAAGACAGAAUUCUUCAUUGUUAUAAAAUCAUUACGGGCCAAGCCAGAGCUAAUAAAAUUCACCAUGGUUACAUUGGAUAAUUUAGUCUGGAGCCCUGGGAUUUGAACUUUACUGAAAAGAAAAUGUGGAAUCAUAAAACAAUGCCAAAGGAUUUGUACUGGGAAGGGAGAAACAGUUGAUGCAGCUAUUUAACAUUUGUGGAGUUUUGAGUCUAUUCCAUGCCAAAUUAAUUAGAGAAUGUAUUUUACAUAAAUCCUACAUGAGUUUGGGAUAGUCUGGACCCAGUUAUUUACAAGUCUAAUACUUUCCAUAUUGUUGUACCUAAAUUCCUCAUGUCAGAGCUGGGAUUGCUGUUCUGGGAAACAAAAACAUGCUUGUGCGAUAGAAAACAACAAUGAGGUUUAAAAACCUUGCCCUUUAUUGAGUCAUUUGGGUAAAAGGUCAUCUUUCCACCUAGCUCAAUCAAACCCCAUCAUGAAGUAUUUGACAAAGACUCUGAAUUUUUAAAUUAUUCAGCAGCAAAAAUUAACAUAAAAACAAUGUAUGAAUGAAAGAUAGGGUUUGGAACCACUAAUGCUUUGCCUUUUUCAGAAUUAUUAUGCUUAAAAUGUAAAACAAAACCAAGUGUCAUGUAAUGAAAUCAAUUUAUUAAACUUAUUUCCUGCUGGCAUUCUUUAUACAUGAUUUAACUUAAGGCUAAAUUGUAUUCUUGUAGAGCUAUAAUAAAAUUUUGUGUAUCAAAUUUCAAUUUGUUACCUAUUUUCAGUCUGGUAGAACCCCCCCCCCCUUAAAAAUUUUCAAAUUUUGCAGACUCAUUAGGCACCUUUAAAUGCCCAAGCAAACUGUUUAUGUGGAUGUAUUGGCCUGAAACAUCGACUGUACUUUUUUCCAUAGAUGCAGCCUGGCCUGCUGAGUUCCUCCUCUUUGUGUGUGUUGCUUGGAUUUCCAGCAUCUGCAGACUUUCUCUUGUUUGUGAAGCUCUAAUAAUCAUCAACAUUUUCACUUGGAAUUUAUUUAUUCAGUCAUUGGUUUAGUUCAAUGUAGCAUUGUGAUUACAGUAAGGGUACAAGCACACUAAAAGUAUAUUUCCCCCAGAAAACCAGGUUCUUCCCCCAUUUUCCAAUACCCAGUUCUUAGUUUUUCUAUAAUUUCUCAAUGGUUGUUCAUAGUGAACAGCAGUAUUUCACGGGGAGAGCAAUAGGUGCAACUCAGAGAAGGUUGAAGGGAGAUUCUAAUGGCAUUUUUGUAGGGAAUUGCCAUGAAUUGCUUGGUGGUCAUUCCAACAAGUAACUGCUAUUUUGCGGGAAGCAACACAAAAUGUCAUUUGGUCAUUUAUUUUUGUUGCAAUAAUCAGAAUCAAAUUUAAUAUCAGUGACAUAUGUUGUGAAAUUUGUUGUUUUGCGGCAGAAGUACACUGCAAUUACAAAAAACUAUAAAUUAAGAAAUACAUGUUUAAAAAUUAAAUAGCGCAAAAAAGAGCAAAAAUAGUGAGGAAAUGUUCAUGGGUUGGUUCAUUGUGUGUUCAGAAAUAUGAUAGCUGAGGGGAAGAAGCUGUUCCCUAAUAAGCCAUUUGUUUAUAUCUAAAUACCACAGCUAAUUUUCAAUUUUUUUGAAAUAUUUAGCUUGCCUUCUGCAAGAGAAGAUUAGACUUCAUUUGACUAGCCAACAGAAGGAGGAUCAUAUUGUUGUAAAACUAUAUUUCUUGGCUCCAUAUGAUAGCUGAAAUGUUUGGUUUUGAUUACAGGUAUCUCGGAUGAUAGAGAUUUGAAAUGUUGC